UGACCAUCGACGCCCACGUUCAUCUCGCCGCUUUGUUGCUUAUCGUUGCCUGCUCUCUCUCACGAACUUACGAACACGAUGUCGAACCGCCCGCGCCCGAGCAUUCUCGAGAUGUUCGAUCCGCUCGCGCGGCCGUCGACGCCGCCUCGCGACGGCAGCUCGUCCGACUCGGACAAGGAGAACUCGCAGCCGCCAAACGCGGACCUCGGCAUGACCGCCAUCUUUGGGCGCACGUACAAGCUGCCGCACUGCAGCCCAACUCAGCCCAGGCAGCUCAAGACUCGCCUCGUGGAUGUUGGAGACGUGACGCUGGACCUCUCGCAGGUCCAUGUGCAGGAUUACGAUUCGGAUGAAGAAGACCAGCAUCUCCUCACCAUGACCAUGCCAGAGGACGAUGAGGAAGGCGCUGAAUCCGAGACCGAACAGCCUCAGCCACCGGUGGAGCCUCGCCUCCGUUCUGGUCCGUCCACACCGCGCACUCCACUCGGCGAGCUCCAGCUCGAGCAGGAGACCCCCGUCUUCCGAAGCAAGAUCUUCAAGCGUGAAGUCCUGGACUUCUCUCCGCGCACGCCGCAGGCCUUUGCCAAGUCACCAUUGUCUUCCGUGAUCGACAGAGUGAACGCCUCUGGCCGUACCUUUGCCUCGCAGGAGCCGGCUUCGCCUGCCCUAGGCAGCCCUAUGCCUUCGCCCAAGCUCGGCCCUGAGAUCAAAGUCUCUGCUGCAGACAGCGAGUCGGACAACGGUGACGAGGCGGAUGUCGAGGAGAACGAGAACGACGUUCCGGAGCCGAAGCCCGCAUCGCCGCAACCUGCGCUGCGGCCGUCGCCAAACCUCCGUCCCAACCCUCGAGAUUCCUUCGCGUCGAACACCUCCAACCGCAUGUCUCUCGACCUUCAGUCGUCCUUCCAGCUUCACUUCGAGUCGACGGACGCAAGCUUCGACUUGAUGAAUGACAAGAUAUCCUUCUUGCACAACACGAGUAAGGGCGAGUCGUUUCUGGCCGACUUAGACGAGUCUCUGGAGGAUGAUGAGAAUGUAGUACCGCCUCCCAUCCCAUCUCCGUCCAGCUCGUCCUCUUCGAAGUCGACUCCCCGCGCGUCGCCCAAGAUCACAGAAGCAGUUGAUGAGGUUCCUGCCACUCCUACGUCACCUUCGCCUCCUGCGGCACCGACGACUCAUCCGGACUCCGCGCCGCCUGUGCUUCUCGACGAUGCCCCCGCAUCACCUAGUGAAUCGCCAGCAACUGAGGCGCCUUCACUUGCAGUGUCGCGUGCGCCUUCGCCAGACCCAGUCUCGACUGCAACUGUCCGUGCGCCGGUUUUUACGGCCCCAGCUACUGCAUCUCGCCCUGUCGCAAAGCCCGCUGUAGCCACGCCGCAGAUUCCUGGUGGUCGUCGCACAUCUAUGGCACCACCCGCUCUCGUCCCGGCCCUGCGUAUCGUGAAGCGUACCAGGAAGGAGCCACGCUCCAGCACGGUUUCUUCGCUGUCCUCCACGAAGGAGGAAGCUGCAGUGGCGGUCAAGGACGCGUCAGCGGCCCCAGCUACCUCCAAGCCGCCGCGUAGGUCUUCCGUCUCCAAUGCGCAGGCUUCUGGUCCCCGCAGGCUGCUUACCAGCGACGCGCCUGCCCCACCGGUGCCUACGCUCAGGCUUGGUGGGUCCGGCCCCAAGCGCAUCAAGGUACCCGCUGCGAGCACGCCCGCGGAGGCACCUAUGCGGCCUACCUCGCGGAUGGAGUCCGCCCCUCUUCGCCCAGUGGCCCGUGCUGAGGCAUCUGUUCAUGCGCGUCCCGUACCGCGCGUGUCCUCCGCUCCUGCGCCGGUGCCCGCGAAGGACCCCAUCACGCGUCCUGGGGUGCCACGGGCGGUGUCGUCCAAGCUACCUGCCCCGUCUUCUAGGAUCCCGGCGGUUGGACGCUCGAGCGGGCUGCCGAUGCCCGCUUCCAAGCGUACCGUGCCCACCAUUCGUCGCACGUAGGACGAGGGCGGACGGCUACGCAGAAUCGAAUCAGGACAAGGGACUUAGUAUGCGGAAUCUCUCCAGGUCAGGCGGUGCUCCCGUCGCCCUCGCUCAUAUCAACUAUCUACUAUUCGCUUUCAUCGCAUCCAACCAGGCAUUUUCUCCCUCUCAAGUACGCAGAUAUCUAACACUGUACACUCCGUUAUGACAUGGCUCUCUCGUCCAAUGACAAUCCAACAAUGCGCAUAUACAUACGAACAUCUUCAUGGGCUUUUUCUUCGUCUUUUCUUUCGCUAUCUCAUUGCAUUCAUUAGAUAGUCGCUGGACCAACAUGCCCUUCAUGUCCCUCUCACAACUACAUAGGUAGCUAGACUCUGGAGUCGUAUGCAAUUCCUUGCUUUGCUUUUUGUAACUCAGUUCUCCUUCGAUGAUGUUGACU